AUAUAAAUACAACACUUAUUAUACAGUUUCUAGAGUUUCUAAGACAGUAGCUUUAUAUUUUGUUGAAAGAUGUGCCGUUUAAGCUUUUUUCUCUUAUACGCCAUUGGUUAUCAAAUUAUUUUUGAAUCAAAAGCGGACAUGGGGACGGAUUUUAUCCUCGAACUCGUUUCUUACUUUGACACUUUGAUGACAGAAGUAAAUAAGCUUCGGCAGGAAGUGACGUCGGUAAACAAAGACGUAGACGUAUUAAAGAGCCGGUAUGAGAUAUUUGACGAUACACGGAAAAUUCAGGUGAAGGACAAUAAACAAACCCCACAAGCUCAGUCCAAAGUCAUUUCCAAAGACGAACAAGAUAAAUGUCGGCUUCCGAAUGACAAACAUGUAUCAAGUUUGAUAAAAGAGACGAUUAAACAAGAGAAAACGUAUUUGAGAAAAACUAUUGCAAAGUCGUUGCUGUGCUCAAGCGGGCCCAUGACGAAAGAACUGAAAAAGUUAGCAAGGAUUUCCAAAAUCUUGAAGCAGAAAUAUAUGAAAAUCUCAAACGAGCCCAUGGCGCUCACAGCGAAAGAUCUGAAAAAGUUAGCAAGGAGGUCCAAAAUCUUGCAGCAGAAAUAUACGAAAAUAGGACACAGCUGAG